UUGUUCUAAUGUUGGGAGGGAACUGCUUCAACGAGUCCUACAACAUGCAGAAGAUGCAGGUCCCGUCUCAUCUUGCCCCGUCCUUGUCUCCAGGGCUACGGCGCAAGCAGCUGAUGUGGAAGAAUGCCGUCAAGCACAUCAUCAGCCAGCACGAACUAAAGGAUCAGUAUGGUGCCGAGCCAGCGCGCAAGAUUAACGUCACCGACGUCUACAUUGAGGAAAUAAACCGACAGAUACGCAGCAAGACGUCGCGUGGUUGCACCAAACGUCGUUCCUCGGUUGUUCGUGUUCAUCCAUCCUUCUUCAGAGAGCAGAACUGCUCCAACAGCACUCAGACGGGUGUAACCACCGAGUUUGCCAGCGACGCCGAUUUCUUUGUGCGCUGGGGCCACACUAUUCAUGGAGUCUAUGUCCCGACUCUGAGACACACCUUCAAAUCUCGUGACCUGGAGAAGCUUUACCAGAGGCACUCAUCACAUACCAGACGUACCUCGUUAGUGAUCACAAACAUUAUAGACGCUGCAGCAAAGCUGCACCUACUGGUCCUGUAUCUGGCCCUCGCCCCAGAUGGAAUAGACCCGCUACAUGCCUGGAUUACUAGCUUUUUCAUGGCAUUUGCGGUACUGCUUUGUGUUCUGGUGUUCACCUGCAAGCGUUCCCAUUUCCCAGAGUGGCUGCAUUAUGCUGGCAUGGCUAGCUGGCUGUCACAGACUGCCCAGGUACUGGUUAGGCUUGGGUACGGGCUAGAGAACGACCCAUCCUGGUAUGUACUGUUCACCCUGUUUGCCACGUAUACACUUCUGCCAUUACCGCUGCUGUGGGCCAUGGGGGCUGGCUCACUAACGUCAACACUCCACCUUAUUGUGGAAACCGUACAGCACUUUAAUGAAGCUGGAGUUCUAAGAAAGAUUCUUGCAAAGACCUUGCUGUAUAUGAGUAUGAACACAGCAGGGCUAUUCAUCCAUUAUCUGAUAGACCGGGCUCAGAGACAGGCCUUCCUUGAGACCAGGCGUUGCAUUGAAGGCCACAUGAAGCUGGAGAUGGAAAACAAAAGACAGGAACGUUUGGUUUUGUCUAUACUGCCCCGCUUUGUUGCCUUGGAGAUGAUUGCUGACAUGACCUCCAUGGAUGAUGAACUGCUGCCUCAGCAGUUUCAUAAGGUCUACAUCCAUCAGUACACUGACGUCAGCAUCCUCUUUGCUGAUAUUAAGGGAUUUACCUUGUUGUCCAUGACUAUGUCUGCACAGGAGUUGGUGCGCACCCUGAAUGAGCUCUUUUGCCGUUUUGAUCGUCUGGCUGAGGAACACCACUGUAUGAGGAUAAAGAUCCUGGGUGACUGUUACUACUGCGUGUCUGGAGUCCCAGAGCCGCAGAGAGCUCAUGCUCGGUGCUGUGUAGAAAUGGGUCUUGCUAUGAUCAUCACCAUCCGAAAUGUGCGAAAGCAGCUGAACCAUGACAUGGACAUGCGGAUCGGGAUCCAUUCUGGCUCGGUUCUGUGCGGGGUUCUGGGCCUGCAGAAGUGGCAGUUUGAUGUGUGGUCCUGGGAUGUUGGUGUAGCUAACAUGCUAGAAGCAGGCGGUAUCCCUGGCCGUAUCCACAUCUCACGUGCCACGCUGGACUGCCUGGAGGGGAGCUACGAAACGGAGGACGGUCGCGGUUAUGAACGCAGCGAGUUUCUCCGCAAACACAACAUCGACACUUUCCUCAUCUGCCCCAAGGAGGAGGAAAACGCUGUAGAGGCGGAGCCUUCCAAAAUACGCAUGACCAUUCACACCUCCAACACAGACAAUAUAUUCGGCAGCAUCAAUAAUAUGAGCAGUAUCUUGGCAUCAUUCACAAACGGCUCUAUGGUGCAGCUGCCUAAUUCGAGAAACAGGUAUUCCAGUGCCAAAGAGAUUAAUAAACGGAUCGAGCACGCCAUCGAACUGCGCAGCAGCGAGCGUAUGCAACAGGAGCACAUCAGUCCAUCCACGCUCGUCUUCAAGGACACACACAUUGAGAAGAAGUUCUCACAGAUGAGGGAUGAAUCUUUUAAGACCAACCUGGUCUGCUCCUUCAUCAUGCUCAUCUUCCUCAUGGCAGUCCAGGCCCUUAUCCCUGCACCCAGGCCAUAUCCCAUCGCUGUCCAGUUCUGUGUGGUGCUGCUGGGAUAUCUGCUGUUACUGGUGAUGGCUCUGGCUGAGGAGUUCAAGCACUUCCCUACUGGACUUCAACGGUUCUGCUGCUGGAUUCAUGAGAACAAUUUAAUGCGUUCUCUGCUCACCGUCACUGCCAUAAUCUUGAACUUCGGCAUGGCUUCUGCUGACAUGGUUUGGUGUAACUUCAUGCAUGAAGAUGUGGAAAGCACACCUGAGGCCAGCCAGAGACCUUUAACUGUCUGCACUUACCCCGAGUUUUUUGUGCUGAGUGGCGUGGUUUCCAUGGUUACCUGUGCAGUGUUUAUAAGACUCAGCUCCCUUUUGAAGCUCACCGUUCUCUUACUGGUAGCGACCGUCUAUACUUACUUCGUUGAAGUGGCCUUCCACGCGCUCUACGUCAAUCAACAAGAGCAGGAGCAACUCUCCAGAUCUCACUACCUGAGAAGAAAAGGCAUCUCAAUUCUGUUAAUGGCCAUGUUUGUGAUCGCUGUGUUCUACAACGGGCGACAGUGGGAGGCUACAGCCAGACUGGACUUCCUGUGGCGUCUGCAGGCCCAACAGGAAGUGGAGGACAUGCGGGAGCUGAGAGAACACAACGAGUGUCUGCUUCACAACAUCCUUCCUGCGCACGUCGCUCGCCAUUUUCUGGACAGGAACAAGAACGAUGACGAGUUAUAUGCACAGUCAUACGAUGAGGUCGGUGUGAUGUUUGCCACCAUUGCUGGCUUUAACGAGUACUAUGAGCAGAAAGAGAUUAGACAGGAGGGCGUGGAGUGUCUCAGGCUCCUCAACGAGAUCAUUGCUGAUUUUGAUGAGUUGUUAGACGAAACAUACUUUUUGGAUAUUGAGAAAAUCAAAACCAUCGGGAGCUGCUACAUGGCUGCAUCUGGCUUGUCACCUAAUAAACAGACCCGAGGUGGCAGCGACUGGCAUCACCUGAGUGAACUGGUACUUUUUGCUCUGGCAAUGCAAGAGACCUUGAGGGUGAUCAACAGACACACGUCUAACAACUUCCAGCUGCGUGUCGGAAUCGCACACGGACCGGUCGUUGCCGGGGUGAUCGGUGCUGCUAAACCACAGUACGAUAUCUGGGGGAUGACGGUAAACCUGGCGAGCCGCAUGGACAGCACAGGCAUCAAUGGGAGGAUCCAGGUCCCCGAGCAGACCAAGAAGAUUCUGUCUGACUGGGGAUUUGUUCUGGAGCUGCGUGGAGAGAUCUUCAUUAAGGGCGUGAGUGAGCGCCAGGGACGCUUACGCACCUACUUUAUCAACAACAGCAGGGCGUAUCGAACCGUCAACAUAUCCACCAAAGGGGGAAAGACAGCCAGACGUGACGUAGGGAGGAACACGCUAGCUUCUGUAGUGUUCAGUCUCCUUCGGGCUAUCCAGAAAGAGAAGCAAAGCGGCACCGCUGGACGAUUCUCACUGUCCACCAACAACAUCCAGUGUUAAUGUGAUCCUGACCUGUGAAAUGAGCUGGACUUGUUGCCUUCACUGUCCAAGAGAAAUUCUUCAGCACUGCGUCAUUAUAAAAUCCCCAUUCAUUUAAUUCCCUAAGAGUCGAGCAAAUGUUUACAUGCCACAUCAAAGGUGACUAGACUUAACACUUAUAUCAUUUAUGCUGAAUUUGUUAUUAGAUAGAUGUAAUGACAUGGUAAGAUUUCCUUUUAAGUACCAUAAGGACAAAUUUGAUUUAAAUGGUGUGAAGCAAUUAUGUACAUUGUACCUUUCCAAAAGUAAAGUCGUAGUCCUGAGCCAUUCCUUUCAUAUCAUUACCGUUUUAAUUAAUCGAUGACGUUUUCAUUGAAUGAGUAAAUUCUGUUGGUUAAUACUUAGCAGUUCAUUUGGGAUGAGCAGAACUUGACAAAUUCAUGUCCAGAACUUGAAACAUUCAGGAGCAGGAUUUAGCUACCUCAGGAGCAGAACAUGAUUCAUUUAGUCACAAAAUUCGCAGACCUUGUUUAAUUCAGAAACAGAACUUCUUUAAUUCAGCACUAAUUCUUGGCUAAGUCAUGAGUAGAAUGUAACUAAUUUAGGAGCAGGACUCUGCAGUAGAACUGGUUUAGUUCAGAAGCAGAACCUGGUUAGUUCAGGAGUAAAACCUGGAUAAAUCAAGAGCAGAAUUUGGAUAGUACAGAAGAAGAAUUGAUCAAAUUAAGGGGCAAGAUGUUUAAGAGCAGAACCUUGUUGAUUCAUGUACAGAACUUGGCUAACACAGGAGCAGAAUAUGGCUAAGACAAAGGAAGAAUUAAAUAAUUAAUUGCUAAUUCAGGAGCAGGAUCUAAACAAGAGCAGAUUUGGCAAAUUUGGAGGCCAACAAUUAGUUGAUUCAUGUGAGGAACUUGGCUAAACUUUGGAGCAGAACUUGACUAAUUCAGCAGCAGAACUUUCAGGAGCAGAACACGAGUGAUUCAGAAACAGAACUUGACUAAUUCAGAAACAGAACUUGACUAAUUCAGGAGCAGAACUUUCAGGAGCAGAACACGAGUGAUUCAGAAACAGAACUUGACUAAUUCAGAAACAGAACUUGACUAAUUCAGAAACAGAACUUGACUAAUUCAGGAGCAGAACUUGACUAAUUCAGGAGCAGAACUUGGUUGAUUCAGAAUAAUUUGUGUAAGAAAUCUGCUCCCUUCUGUUUCAGUUGUGUUCUGUUCAAUUGUCUAGUGAUUUCAAAUGUAUCACAAAUACACUAAUAAACGAUGAGAGGAAGUCGACAUGGUUGUAGUAAAGAUGGUAAUGAAAUGGGGUGAUACUUUUUGCGGGUCUGACAAAGAGAAAUUACUAAACAUUAUAUUAUAAUAAAGAAAGAAAGAAAUCCCUAAACAUAAUGCUGAUGAAUGUUGGGGGCAGUUGUGUUCUAGCAUAGGUUCUAGCAGUUCUAGCAUGAGUUCUAGCAUUUGUAGCAUGUGACGUUUUAGCAUUUGAAUGUAUCUACUGAGUCUCUUUGCCAUACUUGAAGCACUGAAAGUUUUAUCUUAGGUUUAGUUGAAUAUUUAUAUACAUGCAGUACAAUGUGCAGUCAAAGCCAACAGAGUCUCUACCAAUUCUGUGUCAAAUUGUGGUGUUCUUUAUUUUAUAGGAUCUCUAUCUCAAGGCCAUGACGGUGUACAAAUACCUCACAUUUGCGUAGAUGCAUAUU